AUGAACCCCUUCAAGUGCUGCCAAGAGGCAGCAGACUUUACAGGCAGUGAAAAGAGAGGGAUGGAAGAUGAGGAAGUGAAGCAGCAUAUUACAACAGAAACCAAAACAGGAAGUCAGAAGACUUGUCUCCACUUACAUGGUAUCUUUCCUUACCUCUAUGUACCGUACGAUGGUUUUGGACAGCAUCCAGAACACUAUCUUCGUCAAGUGGCAUUCAGCAUUGACAGAGCACUUAAUGUGGCUUUAGGCAACCCAUCUUCUACUGUCCAGCAUGUAUUCAAAGUGUCGUUAGUAUCUGGAAUGCCGUUUUAUGGUUACCAUGAAAAGGAGAGACACUUUAUGAAGAUUUAUCUUUACAAUCCUGCAAUGGUAAAAAGAGUAUGUGAGCUUCUGCAAGGUGGAGCCAUCAUGAACAAAUCUUACCAGCCUCAUGAAGCCCAUAUUCCCUACCUCCUUCAGCUCUUUAUAGACUACAACUUAUAUGGAAUGAAUUUAAUAAACCUGGCUGCUGUCAAAUUCAGAAAGGCAAGGAGAAAAAGUGGUACAUCAGACAUAAGUGAAUGUCAUAAAAAUCAUUUGCCAGAAAAUUCAAACAGCGUGUCUUUUAUUCGGUGGGAAGAAGAUGAAAUACCAAGCUCUCUAAUAUUGAAGGAUGUUGAGCCGCAGAGUACAUGUGAAUUGGAGGUGGAUGCAGUAGCUGCCGAUAUUUUGAAUCAACUGGAUAUUGAAGCCCAGAUCGGCAGGAACCCUGGUUUGCAAGCUAUAUGGGAAGAUGAAAAGCAGCGACGGAGAGAGAAAGCCGAAUCUUCUCAGAUUAAGACACCUGAUUCACAAGAUCGUGGAUUUUUGCCAGCAACAGAAAGUGAAAAAUUUUUCCAGAAGCGGCUUAAGGAAAUCCUCAAGCAAAAUGACUUCUCUGUAACGUUGUCAGGAUCAGUGGACUACAGUAAUGGAUCAGAGGAGUUCUCUGCUGAGCUAACACUACAUUCCGAGGUAGUUUCUCCUGAAGCCUUUCCAUGUACGCCAGCUAAUAUGGUUGAAGUGCAUAAAGAUAAAAAGAUGAAUAAAGAACCUAAUAGGAUCUAUACUGAUAAGGAAGAAGAAGCACUUAUUAACGAAGAAGCAAUUUUAAACAUUAUGGAGAAUAGCCAGAGCUUUCAGCCUUUGUCUCAAAGACUGAAUCAGACUACAGCUUUUACGGACAGUAGUGCUGAUGAGGCCCUGAUUGAUCUGUUAGCUGGACUGGAGAGUGAUGGGUAUCAGAUGGGAAAUCACAGAACGGGGUCUCACCAUCGUUCCCUUGGAAGCUGUAGAAAUUCUCAGAACAGUGAUGAUGAAGAAAAUGAGCCACAAUGUGAGAAAGAAGAAAUGGAACUUAGCUUGUUAAUGUCCCAACCGUGGGACAGUAGCAUUGAAGAGCCUGGGCCAAAAAGAAGGUCAGCAGGCAAAACUAUGCAUCGAAGCUCAACAGAAGAGGAUUCAUCUUCAGAGGAAGAAAUGGAGUGGAGUGGUAGCAAUAUGCUCCUAACUAAUCUCUCUAUACCUCAGUUAGAUGGGACUGCAGAUGAAAAUGGUGACAAUCCCUUGAAUAAUGAAAGUUCUCGAACUCACUCCUCUGUCAUUGCAACAAGCAAAAUGUCUGUAAAGACCUCAAUCUUUCACAAAGAUGCUGCUACGCUAGAACCCCCAUCUUCUGCUAAAAUUACUUUUCAGUGUAAACACACAAGUGCCCUUUCUAACCACCUGUUGAACAAUGAAGACUUAGUAGAAGAGCUUUCGCCACCAAACACAGAAGCAAGACCUGAGCUUUCAGUCCAUUCUCUUACAAAGGAAAGCACUUACACAGCCAAGUACCCAACGUCAUUCAGCAAUAGUACCCAUGCAGAAAAUUCACAUAAAGAAAGUAACAAGAAAGAUAUUCUUCCGGUUCCUUCAUGUGAAAAUAAUAUUUUUGAGUAUGAAGAUGAUAUUUCAUCAGUGAGCAGACAGAUACCUAGUAGGAAGUACACUAGCAUCAGAAAGGUUGAAAAGGAUGCCUCUUUUAUGCAUAUGGGCCGCCACAUUGGUGACAGCAUGUUGAGUAAAAACUCAUUUAACUUUUCUGAUCUGAGCCACUCCAAAGGAAAAAGAUCCUCUGAAGUAAAUGAAAAGUCCAGCAGUGCAAGUAUAAAUAGUUUUUAUCCAGCAACAGUUACAGAAAACUGUGAAUUGGUGUCUUGUUCAGGAGGCAGUCGAACUAUGGUACAUUCACUUGAAAAUAACACUGAUGAAGGUGGCCUUAAUAAACUUAAAAUUAGAUAUGAAGAGUUUCAGGAGCAUAAGGCAGAAAAACCAAGCCUCAGCCAACAAGCAGCACAUUAUAUGUUCUUUCCUAGUGUUGUUCUUUCUAAUUGUCUCAGUCGACCUCAAAAAUUAGCUCCCGUGACAUACAAAUUACAGCAAGGCAACAAACAGUCCAGGUUGAAGCUGAAUAAAAAGAAACUCAAUUUUACAAAUCAUCAGGAGCCUGCGGGUGUAAAUGACGUUGCAUCAAUGAAGGAAAGCUGCUAUACACAAGGUAAUGCUUGUAGUAACAUUCCUGAUAAGGAUGGUGUUUUACCUAGUGACUUAGUUCAAGUUCCUCUUGAGGCUUUUGAAAACAAAAUGCCUACAAGUACUGCUAAUUGUACUGACUGCCAGUUUGGAGAUGGCUCCCUUGAAGCUGAGCAGUCAUUUGGGUUAUGUGGGAAUAAAUACACGCUACGAACUAAGCGGAAGGUAACUUACGAGACUGAAGACAGUGAAUCAAGCUUUGUAGCACACAACUCAAAAAUUAAUCUACCUCAGCCCAUAGAAAGUAUUGAAAGUUUGGAUGGGUCUCAGAAGUCUCGAAAACGUAGAAAGUUAUCUAAAAAAUUGCCACCUGUUAUUAUUAAAUAUAUUAUCAUCAAUAGAUUUAGAGGGAGAAAAAAUAUGCUUGUUAAACUAGGGAAAGUAGAUUCUAGUGAGGAAAGAGUAGUACUCACAGAGGAAAAGAUGAACUUAUAUAAAAAGCUUGCACCUUUAAAGGACUUUUGGCCAAAAGUUCCUGACUCUCCUGCAACCAAAUAUCCUAUUUAUCCACUAACACCAAAGAAAAGUCACAAAAGGAAAGCAAAGCAUAAGUCAGCCAAGAAAAAAGCUGGAAAACCACAAAAAACAGGUAAUAAAAAUAUUAAACGAACUUUAUCCUUUAGGAAAAGGACUCAUACAAUUCUUUCUCCUCCCUCUCCAUCCUAUAAUGCUGAAGCUGAAGACUGUGACUAUAACUAUAGUGAUGUUAUGUCUAAAUUAGGUUUUCUUUCCGAGAGAAGCACAAGCCCGGUAAAUGCAUCUCCACCUCGCUGCUGGUCCCCCACUGAUCCAAAAGCUGAAGAGAUUUUGACCAACCUGGAUAGAGAAGCUUUACUUAGUAAGGGCCCUAAUAUGUACAACAGCAAGACUGUUAAUUCUAGUGUUGGAAAAAAUAGUCGUGCAAAAGCUCAGGUUAAGAAAUGUAAAAAGAAAUUUGCUAGCCCCACUGUGUCUACCAAGAAGAAGAAAAAGAUGAAUCAGGCUGACAAAACACCAGAUGAUGGAAAGAAGAAACCCAGAACAAAACAAAGACAAAAAACAUCUGAAAAAGUGUCGAGAAAGCGUAUGAUAUUUAAAGAUGAAACAGGAACUACUCGCUCUACUGCAGAGGUUAAGUUUGUGCUCAAACAUCAAGACCUGCCUGAGAUUCCUUAUAACUCUGGCACUCCACAGCAUCUUCAUAAUCGGAAAGAUGUUCCUCCUCCUGGCUAUUCAACAGGGUAUCUGCCAUCAGCACAGCUCCCUCCAGCUCCCGAUACCCAAGGCAAUUCAUCAGGCUGUUUUCAUUCGUUAAUGGAAAUUGAUAAGGCUGUGGAUACACAGUGCUUAUCCAUUCCACGAGAAGAUCCUCUUUCAUCUCUCCUGUCUACUCCUGUAGCAUCUGGAAGGGAAGUAACAAAAAUGAGCUCUCAAAGGCCUAGGACUCAAAGUGCUUUAUUUAGAAUGAAGGAUUCUGCUCUCAUUCAAAAUAUAUUUGACCCAUCAAGCCACACAACUCAGGUAACACAGAAUGUACAUAUGUCUAAAGAUAAGACCUCUGCAAAAGUGGAUGAGAUUAAAAAUUUGCAAAACAAAUUUUUACCAGCAGUUGGAAAAUUAAAUGAAACUCGUGACUCUUUGGACACGACAAAGAUGGAUCAAUUGCACGCCACUAACUAUUUGCAUUGUAAAGACAGUAAUCAACAGCAGAUUUUGUGUUUACCAGAGGCAUCCAAGCAUUCUGAUCCUUAUUCUUCUAUUCUUAAGUCAUCUGAGGAAAGCUCAGGGCCACUUCAGUUGCCUAAGAACUGUUUUGUAACCUCUUUGAAGAGUCCAGUGAAACAGUUAGGUUGGGACCAGAAACAGAGAGGUUUUGUUUUGGAUAUGUCACAUUUUAAACCUGAAACAGUAAAACAAAGGCCUCUGUCAGAAACAACCAUGCAACCAAAACCCAUCUCCCAAUAUAAAAACAGGACUAUAGUGACCCCAUCAGCCUUCAGUGAAGGCCAGUCUGGCCUCGCUGUUCUGAAGGAGCUGCUCCAGAAAAGGCAACAGAAAGCUCAGAAUGCAAAUGCCUCACAGGAACCAGUGUCGGUUAAAAUGCCACUGAGUAAGAGUACACCUUGUCCUCUUGAACAGAAUAAAGCAAUCAAAAGAUCACGGACAGUCACAUCACCAAGGAAAGCUCGUGCUCCUCGGAGUACAAAACCUAAAGAAAAAACACCCAGACUUUCCAAAAAGGAGUCUUUAAGUCAGCAGACAAGUAGUCAUGUUGAUCAUGCUGUGUCUGAUGACAGCCCCGUUUUUUUUUCAGACCCUGGUUUUGAAAGCUGUUACUCACUCGAAGAUAGCUUGUCUCCAGACCACAAUUACAACUUUGAUAUUAAUACUAUCGCGCAAACUGGAUUUUGCAGUUUUUAUUCUGCAAGUCAGUUUGUCCCAGCAGAUCAAAAUUUGCCCCAGAAGUUCUUGAGUGAUGCUGUUCAAGAUCCUGGUUCUGGGCAAACAACAGAAAAUGAGUUUCUGUGUCACAGUGACCAAAAAUCUGAAGAAGAAAAGCAGCAUGCUUCAAGUAAGUGGAUGAGGUCUGGUUCUCUGAGCCCUGAGCUUUUUGAGAAAACCUCACUGGAUAACGGUGAGAACCACUGUCAUAGCCAGUGGAGGAAAAAUGUUCAUCCUUCAACUUCCAGAUCAAACUCUGUAGAUGCUUCUUGUAUGCAAGAGGCAGAGGUCUGUUUAAAUGAAAAAUUCAAAUUAAAUAGAAAUACAGUAAGUAAGGAGAGAUUUCUCAGUCUUCCUCAACCAACUAAUUCAGACUGGAUACAAAGCCACAUUAGAAAAGAAACCACUUUUGAAGCCUGUCAACCACUUGAUUCAGUUAAUACCUCUUCUACAUCCAUAUUGUCUUCUCCUGAUGGUGAACUUAUAGAUGCAGUUUCUGAGGAUUUAGAAUUAUAUGUUUCAAGAAAUAAUGAAGCAUUAACUCCAACUCCAGAUAGUUCACCAAGAUCAACCAGCUCUCCCUCACAGUCAAAGAAUGGAAGUUUUACACCUCGUACUGCUCACAUCCUUAAGCCUCUCAUGUCCCCGCCCAGUCGUGAAGAAAUCAUGGCAACUUUGCUGGAUCAUGAUCUUGCAGAAACAGUUUAUCAGGAACCAUUUUGCAGCAAUCCUUCCGAUGCUCCAGAAAAGCCAAGGGAGAUUGGAGGACGGCUUCUCACAGUAGAAACUAGACUUCCACAUGACCUGCUAGAGUUUGAGGGAGACUUCUCAUUAGAAGGUCUGCGACUCUGGAAGACAGCGUUUUCGGCAAUGACAGAAAAUCCUAGGCCAUUGUCUCCUCCCCGUUACGGACACUCUACUGCUAGCAAAAGAGAAACUAAUAGCCAUAAAACCAGUGAAGACAAAAAAAUAGUCAUAAUGCCAUGCAAGUGUGCUCCAAGCCAACAGCAGGUUCAGAUGUGGCUUCAUGCCAAAGAAGAGUAUGAGCAUUUCAAGAAACUGCCGAAGAAUCCUCCUGCUGAGCUGGAAAAGGCAGCUGAGCAUUUAAGCUCUACAGUGUUGUCUGAAGAGCAGUCUACAGAAGUAGUAAAAGCCGCUAAAAAUUUAUGUAUAUCUAGUCUGGAAGAUGAAAAACCUUCUGUGCCUACAAAAGAUUCUUCUGCUUCAGUGGUAGUUCCUACGACACAAACCAAGGAAACCUCUGAUAGACCUAUAAGCACUGUAGGAACUUCUGUAAGUAAUAAAAGUGACCCAGAACCCAAUAAAACUCCGUCUGAAAGCAAGACACUUACUACUUCAGCACUAGAACAUGAUAAGGAGGAAGAGGAGGAGGAUUAUUAUGUCAGUUACAGUUCACCAGAUUCACCAGUGCUUCCUCCUUGGCAACAAGUCGCGUCUCCAGAUCCUAAGCAGUCCAGUUUAGAAGAAGCUGACUGGAAAAGUCAGGAUGUUAUUUUGUCUUCUGUGGAAGAAAACAAUGUAGCACCUGUUGGAAGUGCAAAGAACUCUCCUUCAACCCACGAGAACAUCAGGACACCCUUUGACACCUCUCCGUUUGCGGUUGGUGAAGAUCAUGGAAAAUCAGAAUCCAUUUGCCUACAUAGUACACCCAUCGUGCAGAAUAAAAAUAAAGAUGAAGUACCUGUAGAACUUGGGUUUACUCCUUUAUCAACAGAACCAAAAAUACAAAAGUUGAGUCACAAGAGAGGAAAUAAUGCUGAUGGUCUUCGAAGAGUGCUUCUAACCACACAAAUGAAGAAUCAGUUUGCUGCCCUCAAUGCUCCAAAGAAAGAAUCCUCUCAAAUUGAAGGACCAUCUUUAAAUAACACUUACGGUUUUAAAGUCAGCGUGCAAAACCUGCAAGAAGCAAAAUCGUUACAUGAGGUCCAACACCUUACCCUCAUCAGUAUGGAGUUACAUGCUCGAACCAGACGAGAUUUGGAGCCAGACCCAGAGUUUGAUCCUAUCUGUGCUUUAUUCUAUUGCAUCUCAUCAGACACAACACUGCCAAAUACGGACAAAAAAGAAAUCACUGGUGCUAUAGUGAUUGAUAGAAACUGGACGCUCUCAAGCCAAGGGAGCAGAGACCAAGCCCCCUUGCUCACAAGAUCUGGAGUUACAGGACUAGAAGUCACUUACGCUACUGAUGAAAGAACUCUUUUCCAGGAAGUAGUGAAUAUUGUAAAAAGAUAUGACCCAGACAUUUUGCUAGGCUAUGAAGUCCAGAUGCAUUCUUGGGGUUAUCUCUUACAGAGGGCUGCUGCGCUGAAUGUUGAUUUAUGCCAGAUGAUUUCUCGUGUGCCAGAUGAUAAGAAAGAGAACAGAUUUGCAGCUGAGCUUGAUGAAUACGGAUCAGAUACAAUGAGUGAAAUAAACAUUGUUGGGAGAAUUGUCCUAAAUAUUUGGCGAAUGAUGAGAAAUGAGGUGGACCUAAUGAACUAUACUUUUGAAAAUGUGGGCUUUCAUGUUCUUCAUCAGCGUUUUCCUUUGUUUACUUUUCGAGUUCUGUCUGAUUGGUUUGAUAACAAGACAGAUGUCUACAGAUGGAAAAUGGUUGAUCAUUAUAUUAGCCGGGUCCGUGGGAAUCUCCAGUUGUUAGAAACAUUGGAUUUGAUUGGCAGAACAAGUGAAAUGGCAAGACUUUUUGGCAUUCAGUUCUUACAUGUAUUAACAAGAGGUUCCCAGUAUCGUGUGGAGUCGAUGAUGCUGCGUAUUGCCAAGCCAAUGAAUUUUAUUCCUGUGACACCCAGUAUCCAGCAGCGAGCUCAUAUGAAAAGUCCCCAAUGUGUUCCCUUAAUCAUGGAGCCAGAAUCCCGUUUUUACAGCAAUGCUGUUCUUGUACUAGAUUUCCAGUCCUUAUACCCUUCUAUCGUGAUAGCCUACAACUACUGCUUCUCAACUUGCCUGGGACAUGUUGAAAACUUGGGAAAAUACGAUGAGUUCAAAUUUGGCUGUACAUCACUUCGAGUACCCCCUGACUUGCUGUACCAGAUCAGGCACGAUAUCACCGUGUCACCCAGCGGGGUGGCUUUUGUCAAGCCCUCAAUAAGAAAGGGUGUGCUGCCAAGAAUGCUAGAAGAAAUCUUGAAGACGAGGAUCAUGGUGAAGCAGUCCAUGAAGGCGUAUAAGCACGACAAAGCCAUAACCCGCAUGCUCGAGGCUCGCCAGCUGGGGCUGAAAUUCAUCGCAAACGUCACGUUUGGUUACACUGCUGCUAAUUUUUCUGGGAGAAUGCCAUGUGUUGAGCUGGGCGACAGCAUUGUGCACAAAGCCAGGGAAACCUUGGAGCGUGCCAUAAAGCUGGUGAACGACACGAAGAAAUGGGGCGCGCACGUUGUGUACGGCGACACUGACAGCAUGUUUGUACUGUUGAAAGGAGCAACAAAGGAGCAGUCUUUUAAGAUUGGUCAAGAAAUUGCUGAAGCUGUAACAGCGACAAACCCUAAACCUGUAAAACUGAAGUUUGAGAAGGUCUACUUGCCGUGUGUCCUGCAGACUAAGAAGAGGUAUGUGGGCUACAUGUAUGAAACACUGGACCAAAAGGACCCAGUAUUUGAUGCAAAAGGCAUAGAGACAGUCCGAAGAGACUCCUGCCCUGCUGUUUCCAAGAUACUUGAGUGUUCAAUCAAGCUGCUAUUUGAAACUCGUGACAUAAGUCAGAUCAAGCAGUACGUUCAGAAUCAGUGCAUGAAGUUACUUGAAGGAAAAGCCAGCAUGCAGGACUUCAUCUUUGCCAAGGAAUACCGAGGGAGCUCUGCGUACAAGCCGGGAUCCUGCGUGCCAGCCCUGGAAAUCACCAGGUACGGGCACACAGCCCGGCCCUGUGCGUCGCGAGGGGGACCCGCUCCUCCCUGCUGCACAGGUGGGCGGCCUGUCGAGGUGCUGCAGGACCCCAACCUGCGCCUCAACGCCACCUACUACAUCACCAAGCAGAUCCUGCCACCGCUCGCCAGGAUAUUCUCCCUCAUCGGCAUCGAUGUCUUCAGCUGGUACCACGAAUUGCCCAGGAUUCAGAGAGCCGCCUGCGCUGCGCACGGCGAGCGGGAGGGCCGCAAAGGCACCAUCUCGCAGUACUUCCCCACGCUGCAGUGCCCCGUGUGCGAGGAGCUGACGCAGCUCGGCGUGUGCGCGCGCUGCCGCAGCCAGCCCCAGCACGUCGCCGUCAUCCUCCAGCAGGAGAUCCGCGAGCUGGAGCGCAAGCAGGAGCAACUCAGCAAGAUAUGCAAGAACUGCACGGGCUGCUUUGAGCGGCACAUCCCGUGUGUCUCCCUGAACUGCCCCGUGCUGUUCAAGCUGUCCCGGGUCAGCAGAGAGCUCUCCAAGGCGCCCUAUCUCCGCCAGCUACUUGACCAGUUUUAGGAGAUCUGUGUCACAGGAUCCCAGGUGCUAUUUUUUUUUUCAGUGUUUACCACACUAAGAUGAUUGUGCAUGGUGCUUUCUCAAUUCUCAUCUAGGCCAGGAUUUCCAUUUUAACUGUUGGGUUUAUUAUCUGAAGAAUAUGAACAUUUAUCCUAACUAAAUUAAAAAAGAAAAAUGCAUUUGUUGAUCUAUGAAUAGCUCACUUUUUAAGAUGUACAAAUUCCUUCUUUCUUUCUCGUUUCUAACAUACUGUUUUAUAAUGCUGAUGUUGAAAUAGCUCUGUGUAACAUCUUGUAAAUCCAUUUCAAAGUAGAAGUCGAGUUUACUUCCCUGAGGAAGGAGCACUGAAAACCUCUCGAGACGAUAAAACCAUUAGUGUGUGUUCUUGGACUGUCAGUAUCAAGACGUGUUACUUAUAUAUUAUCCAUUCACUUUAUAAUUUUGUCUGCGAAAUACUUUGUAAAUACACUUUUUUACUUUUCAAACAACUGAGUAAAAUAAUGUGCAAUGACUUUUAUACAGAUAAUUUUAAAGUUUGUUGGUAAAUCUCCUCCUCAGUUUUGCUUGAUUCCAAGUAGAUUGUUAUUUUGAUCAGACUGUGCAAACAGUAGUAUCAUGUGUAGCAUUUUGAAACAUCAUUUUCUAAAAAUUGCUGUCUUGCUUUAGCUAUUAAUGGGGCAUUGUGAGGAACUGUGCAAAGACAUUUUUUUGUUACAAACCUGUGGGACUGUUGCAAUACUUUAAAUAUAAAAUUUUAUUCCAUUUUGCUUGUUUUGUAUAGACAUUUCUAUUGCUUCUAAAUAUGCUUAAAAUAUUUUCUUUCCUUAUGUACUGUACAGUUAAAUCUUAUUUGCCACCAUCUUGACAAAAUGUGUAUUUAGAAUAUUUGUAUAACUGUAUAAAAUGGAAAAGGAAUUAUGUGGUCAGUGCAUUGUUUUCUAAACUGGAAAUCAUUUUGUUUUAGAAGUUAAUAAUGGAAACCAUAUUAAAGUUGAAUAAAAUGAUAUGGUAAAAAU